AUGCGGGUGCACGUGCAGCGGCAGCACGCCUGGCGCACUGCGCAAGGGUUCUCAGCGUUACGUACCGACGACGUGCGGGUGCACGUGCAGCGGCAGCACGCCUGGCGCACUGCGCCAGGGUUCUCAGAGUUACGUACCGAUGACUUGCGGGUGCACGUGCAGCGGCAGCACGCCGGGCGCACGGCGCAAGGGGUCUCAGCGUUACGUACCGACGACGUGCGGGUGCACGUGCAGCGGCAGCACGCCUGGCGCACUGCGCAAGGGUUCUCAGCGUUACGUACCAGUGACGUGCGGGUGCACGUGCAGCAGCAGCACGCCUGGCGCCAAGGGUUCUCAGCGUUACGUACCGAUGACGUGCGGGUGCACGUGCAGCGGCAGCACGCCUGGCGCACUGCGCAAGGGUUCUCAGCGUUACGUACCAGUGACGUGCGGGUGCACGUGCAGCAGCAGCACGCCUGGCGCCAAGGGUUCUCAGCGUUACGUACCGAUGACCUGCGGGUGCACGUGCAGCGGCAGCAAGCCUGGCGCACUGCGCAAGGGUUCUCAGCGUUACGUACCGAUGACGUGCGGGUGCACGUGCAGCGGCAGCACGCCUGGCGCACUGCGCAAGGGUUCUCAGCGUUACGUACCGAUGACUUGCGCGUGCACGUGAAGCGGCAGCACGCCUGGCGCACUGCGCAAGGUUUCUCAGCGUUACGUACCGAUGACCUGCGGGUGCACGUGCAGCGGCAGCAAGCCUGGCGCACUGCGCAAGGGUUCUCCGUUACGUACCGAUACGUGCGGGUGCGUGCCACGCUGGCGCACUGCGCAAGGGUUCUCAACGUUACGUACCAUGACUUGCACUGCGCGCUUGCGAUGACGUGCGUGCCUGCCGCACGCCUGGCGCACUGCACAAGGGUUCUCAGCGUUACGUACCGAUGA